UUGGUGAUAACAGGGACCAUAUUCCUGGGGACGCGACUGUAUAUGCAAGAAAAAGAUCCAGGAUCAGAGGAUGCAGAAAUUACAGGACUGGUAUUGAUGAAUACGAGGAUGCUCCGAAGCUACAAUUCGAUUAAGGAAAUGGGGAAACUGAAGACAACCUCCCCGUGGGGAAACAAUUUCGCCUUUGUCCAUGUCACCGUCCCCAAGCUUACUGCAAUUUCAGAUGAAAAUAAUGAUCAGUCGAGGAUGCGUCAGUGUGCUCUAGAAUUUGUGAGGGCGGCUGGUGCUAUCAUUAAAAAGAAGCGGGUUUCUCUCGCCAUUCCUGUCACUGCCAAGCUCCUCGAACUUUAUCGGAAAAUGAAAGGACAUGAGGCUGCAGCUACUUACGUGCACAAGGUAUUAAAGAACACAACCUUGGGUAUUUCUAACUUGGUUGGUCCUCUCGAAAAAAUGAGUAUUGCUGAUCACCACAUUAAAGGCAUGUAUUUUAUGGUUGCUGGAAGCCCACAGGAUGUUACCAUCAGCGUUAUCAGCUACAUGGGACAGCUGAGGGUAUCCGUUGGAGCGGAAAAAGGCUUCAUAGACCACGACAAGCUCAAGUCUUGCAUUCAAAUGGCAUUCCACCAUCUUCGCAACUCUGCAUGUCAUUAGAAUUAUUUUUCGAGUUUCCUAGGAAAAAGGAUAAAGUUAUAAAACUUAUAUCAUGAAAUAAUUCCUGCCAGGUGUGAUGGUAACAAGAAAAC